AUGAGGCCUGCACACCUUUUCCUUGGCCCCAUAGCCCUCCUCCUUCUGGCUGGCUGCAGCUGUAUCCUCAGCACCUCCAGUGGGAACCUGGAUACCUUUGUGGGCUGUGCUGUGAGGGAGUUUACUUUCGUGGCCAAGAAGCCGGGCUGCAGAGGCCUUCGAAUCACCACGGAUGCCUGCUGGGGCCGCUGUAAGACUUGGGAGAAGCCCAUUCUGGAACCCCCCUACAUUGAAGCCUAUCAUCGAGUCUGUACCUACAACGAGACCAAACAGGUGACCGUCAAGCUGCCCAACUGUGCUCCUGGAGUCGAUCCCUUCUACACCUACCCCGUGGCUGUCCGCUGUGACUGCGGGGCCUGCUCCACUGCCACCACUGAGUGUGAGACCAUCUGAAGCUAGCGUGGUCUGCGGAACACAGCUGGCGGCCUGGAGCCUCACAGACCCACCUGCACAGGCAACACAAGCAGCUAUAUCCCCUGGAUUCAAGGACUGUUUAAUUUUGACCUCACCUGUGGAGGAGGUUACCUGCUUCCUUUGGGAACAGCCUACUUAUGCUAAAGAUGUAAAACAAUAUUUGCGCCUUCACCAAAACAAUUGAUCUGAUUCAUGCAUCUUGGAACAUAAUUUGUAUAUCACAGUCCUCCCCUUAAUAUGCCAAUAAUUCAAAUGCAUUGGGUGUAAUUGGGAAAUGAAGUUAGAAAUUCUUUACAUUCUCACAUCCUGUUUAACUAAGAGCCUCCAACUGAACUCUAUGAUCCAAGGGCCAGAAGGUAACAAAACCAGUGCUCUAGUCCUCCUGCCCCCACGAAAAUCCAACUGCAAGCUUCCUUAGAGAAAAUACCCCUUCCCAUUUUAAUUGAGCAGUGAUCUGUACGAAACAUAGAGACUACUCAGAUUAACAAAGGGAGGGUAACAAUAGCUCAAAUGGAGAGGCGUCUGCAUUUAUGUGAUUAUUUUCCCAGGCAAAAUUUUCUAAGUUGCCUUUAAGAUCAUUAAUAAAGAGACCCGUUCGUGAAAAGAACAAACGAACUCACAAAAACUCAGAAAAAAAUGUACUGGAGCUAUCAUGUAAGCUCAUGUUUUUAAAGUGUGAUAUUCUCCCAAAGCUGUCUCCAAAAUGUUCAUUCACAAGUAUUUGUCCCCACUUGGGAUAUUUUAAACUUAAAUAGAAAUCUAUUAAACUCAAAAAUUUUACAUGUUUGUAGGGGUAAAACUGCACUGCUGUCUUGGAGGAAAAAGUCUGUGAUUAUCUUGCUCUUCCCCUCUCAAAUCUUACAGUGGCUAAUUCUCUGUGGCUGUUUUUUUUUAAUCUCUGAUGUCAUGCAAAUGUCUUUGACUAAUUCUGGUAUUUUGGGGAGAAUUUAAUCUUGUUCUUUUUUCAUAAUAUGCCAGGAAAAUCUAUAUUAAUGGCAAUAAAGCAUGUCUUCUGCCUUUUGAAUUCAUAAAACUUUGAAGU